AUGGCCGAGAAACCAAGUGAUGAAGAUUUUCGUCGCAUUGCGGAAACAUACGGUGCCAUGAACUCGGUUGUGCGUGUGGCUUCUAUAGAUCCCAAGUACAAGAUAGCUCUUCUUCUUUCUAAUCAGGAUCAUUGUCUAAUUGAAAUUUUGCAUAAAUGGCAAAACGGAAAACUCCCUGUGGAUAUAACAUGUGUUAUAAGGUGA